AUGGCCAAGGAUAGAGCAUUCUGUGGCCCACUGAACUCGGAUGAUAACUAUAUCCCUACAAACGACGGUACCGCCGAGCGGGGCACGAAUGACAAUCCUAUCGUUAUAAAAGAGGAUAGCGAGCAGGAGGGCUCGAAAACCAACCCUAUCGUUAUAAACGACGAUGCCGACGCCUUAGACAAGGAGGAAAGAUCAGUGCAAAAUGAUUUUACCAGGGAUACGGAGCCUUUGAGUACGCCAGAAUUUUGCGCGAUUUUGCGCAAUCUGGGCGACCAGGGCUUCCACGUUCCACAGAACAAGCCCACAAUAACAGACUUGGCUUAUGGCUUGCCAUCAUCUCAAUCGGUCUAUGGUCAAAUUUCCGAUUGUACCUGUUCCCCUGAGCCUGAAUCAAUUCACAACGACCAUCUGGAGGAAGAAAGACCCCAAGUCGCCAAGUCUGAUAAUGACAAAGAAACCCCACCAAACAAAGAUAAGAGCUGUGGUCUAAUAGCAGAAACUGACACAUCUUGUGGUCAACCCAACUUUUCGUGGUCUAGUCAAGGGGAAGAGUUAGAACCAUCUCCUAAGACUAGCCAGGCCGACAGUGGCAAUCCGCUCCGUCUACAAAGAUCCGGUAAACGCAAAAGGGAACACGAAGGCGAGAACAAUUAUGUGAACAGACGAUCAAACCGCCUAGCGAACAAGAGGAAAAAUGACUGGAACAGUAGUGUUCUCACCUCCUAG